CCAGUAACGCUUCCGCGCGCAACCUUACAAAAAACAAACACCACCCACCACCCACCCAAGGACACUUAGGCUUAUCCUAAGCAGAAAGAAAGUUGAGAGUGUGAGAAAAUCGAAAAUACACAAGCAGUAUGUCCGCUAGAAUCCUGGAAGACUCGCCCAAUGCGCGCAUCAAUAAGACCAUCCUCGACCGCUACCUGUCGCUGCCGCUGGAGGAUAACGUGGUCCAGGCCACAUACGUGUGGAUCGAUGGCACCGGCGAGGAUCUGCGCUGCAAGGAUCGCACCCUCGACUUUAUCCCAACGAGUCCCAAGGAAUUGCCCGUGUGGAAUUACGAUGGCAGCUCGUGCUACCAGGCCGAGGGAUCCAACUCGGACACCUACCUGUACCCGGUGGCCAUCUACAAGGAUCCCUUCCGUCGCGGCAACAACAUUCUGGUGAUGUGCGACACCUACAAGUUCGAUGGCACCCCCACCGACACCAACAAGAGGAAGACCUGCCUGGAGGUGGCCAACAAGUGCACCGACGAGGUGCCAUGGUUCGGCAUUGAGCAGGAGUACACCUUCCUGGACUUCGAUGGCCAUCCAUUGGGAUGGCCCAAGAACGGUUUCCCCGGCCCCCAGGGUCCCUACUACUGCGGCGUGGGCGCCAACAAGGUGUAUGCCCGUGACAUUGUGGAUGCUCACUACCGCGCCUGCCUGUAUGCUGGCAUCAAGGUGUCCGGCACCAAUGCCGAGGUGAUGCCCGCCCAGUGGGAGUUCCAGGUGGGACCCUGUGUGGGCAUCUCCAUUGGCGAUGACUUGUGGAUGGCUCGCUUCCUGUUGCACCGCAUCUCCGAGGAGUUUGGCAUCGUGUCCACUUUGGACCCCAAGCCCAUGCCUGGCGACUGGAACGGUGCCGGCGCUCACACCAAUGUCUCCACCAAGGCCAUGAGGGAGGAUGGCGGCAUUCGGGACAUUGAGAAGGCCGUGGCCAAGCUGUCCAAGUGCCAUGAGCGUCACAUUCGCGCCUAUGACCCCAAGCAGGGACAGGACAAUGCCCGUCGCCUGACCGGCAAGCACGAGACGAGCUCGAUCAAUGACUUCAGCGCUGGAGUGGCCAACCGCGGCUGCAGCAUACGCAUUCCCCGUGGCGUCAACGAUGAUGGCAAGGGCUAUUUCGAGGAUCGUCGCCCCAGCUCCAACUGCGAUCCCUACUCCGUGGUGGAGGCCAUCUUGCGGACCAUCUGCCUGGACGAGUAGAGGGGGACGAGGCACCAUUCUACAUCUCUAUUCAGCAUUAAUUGUUGCCCUGUUAUUGAUUUCUAAUUUGUUGUUAACCCAUCGAUACACGAUCCACUGAUCCAUUGACCCGCGCCCGCACCCGUACCCGUACCCGAACCCGACACCUGACACCCGGCAAUCCGAACCGAAAAAACCGGACGCGGAAACGGACCCCGUCUCGGCGGGAGCUACAUAACAUAUAUGUAUACCGUUAGACAUUAGUCGUAGGCGCAAUUCAAUUUACCUAACGUAUCUUCCCCACUGAAGUUCCUGAAGCUGAAGGCAGGACCUAGAAACAGAAUUACGAUAAAAUACUUCUCGCUAAGAAUUUCCAAUCCUUUUUUUUUUGUUUGUUUUUUCUAGCUUCUGUUGUUAGGUUUUAGUGUGAGGUUGUGUUUUUUUUUUUUGUUUGUUGAAGAAGGAUCAGCAGUAUAUAUGGUUAACGAGUAGAGCAAGAAUCCAAAAAGAUAGCCCACCCUUGAGUGGGUGACGCCCCCAUAAAAGAACAUAAAGCUGUAGCAUCAAACACUCCCCCAGACCCCAU